AUGGAAUUUGAAAUUGACGACUGGUUGAAAUAUCCCAUUCAUACUGGUGAUGCCCCGAAAAUUCGAUUCGCGCACGACGUCAUCAAAGAAGACCUAACGAAAGAGGAGCUACUCGACUUUCCGGCCUUCAGCAACUGGAUCAAGACCCUAAAGAGCUCUUUCGAACGACAACAAAUUCCAACGCACGCGUUUGCAGACAAGAGAGUCUAUCUACGAAGCAUUGAAAUUCAAUCCAUAGAUAGGAAACCAAGAGGAGACAAAUCAAAGGGUGAUCUAUUGUUUGUCAAGCUAAAUGCUGAUAUCUCCAACGAUGAAGGCAAGAGACUGCCUGGUAUUGCCUUUCUCCGAGGCGGCAGUGUCGCUAUAUUGAUGAUCGUGAGACCUUCAGACUCGCCGGAUGAACGUUACGUUAUCAUGACGGAACAAGCACGAAUCCCUGCUGGGAGCCUAUCCUUCAAGGAAAUUCCCGCUGGUAUGAUUGACAAGGCGGGAGACUUCAAAGGAGCAGCGGCACAAGAAAUAGAACAGGAGGUUGGGAUAAGGCUGAGACCAACAGAUCUAAUCGACAUGACGGAAAGAGCUACAAGAAUGGACUCCACUAAGAAAGAGAAAAUUCAAAACGCUAUAUAUCCAAGUCCAGGAGGCUGUGAUGAAUUCAUCAACAUAUAUCUUUGGGAACGAGUAAGGCCACGUUUGGAAAUUGAAAGUUUGAAGGAAAACUUGAGAGAAGCUGGUGACAGGGCAGUAUUAGAAAGCAUCAAGGUUACCUUGGAACCAUACGAAAAGUUAGUGGAAGUGGGAGCUCGUGAUGCCAAAACUCUUGCAGCUUGGUCCCUUUAUGAGUAUCUCAAACGUGUGGAUCCUGACCUGCUUAAGGAUGUAGAUGAGAAUCCAUUUUGA